AUGACAGAACAGAUUUCAACGGAUGACAAGUCUCCUUCAGUGGCGGUUAUUGGGCUAGGGGCCCUAGGACUGGUUGCCAUGAAGAAUUUACUAGAAGUAGGCUUUGAUGUCGUGGGCUUCGACAAACACCCGUAUGUUGGAGGUUUAUGGAACUACAAUGAGAACAAGGACGCGAUUUCCGUGCUGCCCAGCACUGUGGCAAAUGGAUCGAAACAUAGGGGGUGUUUUACGGAUUUUCCGUUUCCAGAUGGUACGUUUGACAAGGAGCCUGUUUAUGUGGCAGACUACGCAAUUACGGACGUUAAUUAUGCGACAGAGACACCGGAUUUCCCGCCAGCGGCAGAGAUGCAUCGCUAUCUUGUGUCGUAUGCUGAGCACUUUGGUAUUCUACCGCGAGCACGUCUAAGCACGACCGUGCAUCGUGCCGAGUGGAAUCCAGAUAUGGCCCUGUGGGAGAUUGAGACGUCCACUGAGACAGAGCCGAAGACCGUUCAGUACUUCGACAAGGUUGUCUACUCGAUGGGACCGGACCAGACCCCUAACAUCCCCUCUGUUCCGGGAUUUGAACUGUUUGGAGGCGAGGCAGUGCACUCUAUCGGGUUCAAAAGACCGGACGACUGGACCGGCAAACGAGUACUUGUUGUCGGCUUUGGAAAUACCGCGGCGGACGUGGCAUGUGAGCUCGCAGGGACGGCAGAGAAGGUUUAUUUGUCCCAUCGAAAUGGAAGCAUUGUACUCCCCCGAUGGGUGGACAACAAGCCCGUGGACCACAUCCGGACCUAUCGCAAAGGAGUUUUCCUCGAGCAACUGUCUCGCUACGCACCGGGUAUCUGGACCAAGCUCAUGAACAAGGUAAUCCUUGGUCUCCGGGACCGGCUCUACGAUCUAAAUCCAGAAUGGGGAUUUGAUCCAGCGCCGUCGGUGAACCAGGCGCGUCCCAUCAUCAGCGAUUACUUGGUCGAUUAUCUGUCCCGUGAACAGAUCACCUCCAAGCCACCCAUCCAACAAAUCCUCGAUUCCCAACGAGUCGAGUUCACCGACGGAACGAUUGCCGAUGUGGACGCCAUUAUCUGGUGCACCGGGUACACGGUCGACUACUCGAUCUUGGGGAAGAGCGAUCCCACAAUCUACCGGGGCUCCGAUAUCCGCAGUGCGAACGGACGGAAGAUUCCGCGGUUAUAUCAAAAUCUGCUUUCACUCGAGCAUCCAGAUUCGUUGGCUUUUAUGGGUAAUCUGUCAUUUAUGAACCCGGCCUUUCUCAUGUUCGAUCUGGCCACAAUGGCACUAGGACAGGUUUGGUCGGGGCGUUCGCCUCUUCCGCCACGCGAGGAGAUGAUCAAGGCCGUCGACAAGCAACAUCAGUGGCUCGCUGACCUGGCCACUAAAGGAGCUGUGACGCCGGGUCUCGUCAAGGGGGCGGACUGGCUGGAUUGGGUCGAGGAGACUGCGGGACUGGGCAUGAAGGAGAACCUUGGGUAUGGGAUUCAAGGGUGGUAUUUCUGGCUGUCAAAUCGUCCGCUCUGUAACUUGCUCAUGGAUGGUCUGCUCUUGCCUUUCCAUUACCGGUUGUUUGAGGGGAAACGCAAGCAAUGGGAGGGCGCCGAGAAGGCUAUCUUGAAAGUCAACGAGGAAUUGCGCCUCAAGAACAAGACCAAGAAGUGGCAGUAG